AUUAAAGUGAACGGUGUGCGGUGAGAAGGACGGUGCGAUGGCAGUGGCUGCGGGGCCACGCCGGCCACGCACGCUCCUCGUUGGUGGUAACCGCGCUUCCGGGAAUACUUUAGGAACGAAAACUUUGUACUCGGUCCUUGAUGGAUUUCUGCUAAUCCUAGCGUUGGCCGGGAUCGCACAGGUUGCCGCCAUCAGACUGGCCGAUGGUAGCGGAUGUGGUAACAAUAGCUACAGAUGUCUCGACGGUACUUGCAUACCGGCUACUUUAGUUUGUAACUACCAAAAAGAUUGCGAAGCCGGAGAAGAUGAAUUUCAAUCUUGUCCACCACCUGACUGCGAGGCUGGACAGAUCACCUGUGGCCAAUACAUUUUUAACAAGACUUAUUGUAUACCUCCUCAUCAGCGAUGCGACAUGACCGUAGACUGCGUCGAUGGAACCGACGAAGCCGGUUGUAAUUACAGGAAAUGCCAACCGGACGACUUUCGGUGCGGUGGCACGACACCAGAGCUUUGCAUCCCAAAGGAGAAGAAGUGCGAUGGUUACCUAGACUGUCGAAACGGUCGGGACGAAGACAAAUGCGGGAAUAAUAUGAAACCAGCUUGUCGCUUGGAUCAGUUCAGGUGUAAUUCCACGCAACGUUGUAUAGAGCAAUCAGCCAGGUGUAAUUAUAAGGAUGACUGCGGGGACAAUAGUGACGAAGAGAAUUGCAACUUCCAGCCGUGCACAAGCAAUCAAUUUCGAUGCGCGAAUGCGCUUUGUAUACCAAAGUCGUAUCACUGCGAUGGAUACAAGGACUGCCAGGACGGUUCCGACGAGAAGUCUUGCACGAUGACAUCCUGUCCUGGAAAUAAGUUCAUGUGUCCAAAAGGUGCAGCCGAUGGCAAGCCCCUAUGCAUUGAUCGUUCUCAGCUUUGCGAUGGAAAGCCUGACUGUGAAGAUGAAACUGACGAAGAAGCUGCCUGUUCAAAGAAUAUGUGUAAUUCCUUGAGAUGCGAGUAUUCCUGUCGAGCCUCUCCGAUGGGAGGAGUGUGCGAUUGCCCUGCAGGAUGGGUUCUUGCAAACGAUUCAAGAACUUGCGUUGAUCGUGACGAGUGUUCGGAAUGGGGUUUCUGUGAGCAAUUAUGUAUGAAUACAUUAGGUUCGUACAUUUGCAGUUGUGCACCAGGCUUUGUAGUGCAAGGACACAAAUGUCGAGCACUGCAACACCCCGAUGUGAAAUUGGAACUGUUAGUUGCUCAGGAACGUGCCGUCUGGAGGAUGUCCGCUACCGGCGAGGAUAGGAGUAUCGUUGCGAAUACAACCGGUGCUAGCGGAGUAGAUUAUCUCUAUUCCAGUGACUUGCUCUUUUGGAGCGACGUUAAGACUAGAAAAGUGCACUCUGAGCCAUUGAACGGCGAUGAUAACGACGGCUCGAACGUGGAUAUAUAUUUGGCAAGUUCAUGGGGACCGGUGGCUAUCGCUGUAGAUUGGAUAGGAAAGAAGUUGUACGUGGUAGACUCGAUAGUACAGAAAAUCGACGUGUUCGAAUUGGAUGGAAGAUAUCACGGUAUUGCUUUGGGUUCCAACUUAACCAACCCGAUGGACAUUGCUCUGGAUCCCACGGUGGGUUUGAUGUUCGUUGCCGACAGUAAACAAGUAUUGAGAGCCAACAUGGACGGCACUGUAGCUUUUCCAGUUGUCUCUGAGGCAGCUUACAAAGUUUCCGGGGUGGCUGUGGAUGUGAUCGCGCGAAGAAUAUUUUGGUGCGAUUCUCAAUUAGACUACAUAGAAACAGCUGAUUAUUUCGGAAGGAACAGAGUGAUGGUGCUCAGAGGACCGCACACCCCGGCCCCAACAAGGCUGACACUUUUUGAGAAUAAAAUCUUUUGGACGGAUGGCACGAAGCAAGCGAUCAUGAGCGUUGAUAAGACCGAGGGUGACUAUUCUAUACAGACUAUUUAUAAAUUGAAGGAUGCAAAGGCCAUCAAAGCGUUGCAUCCGUUGACUCAACCAACGGUUUCCAAUCCUUGCGGUAACAACAACGGUGGUUGCCAGCAUAUGUGCAUCGUUACUGCAGCCAGUGAUCAAGAAAAUAGAUUAGGUUAUCGAUGCGCCUGCGAUAUAGGCUGGAGAUUGUCCAGUGAUCAAAGGAAUUGCAAUUUGGUUCAGGAGUUCUUGAUGUACUCUCAGCAAAGGUUCAUCAAAGGUAGAGUACUGGAUCCGGUAAUGGAAGGAUUUAGCGACGCUAUUUUGCCUCUUGUGUCCAGGCGAGCCAGAUUCGUUGGAUUGGAUUACGAUGCGCACGACCAGUACAUUUACUACAGCGACGUUUUGCAAGACGUGAUCUACCGAAUCCAUCAGAAUGGAACGGGCAGGGAAAUCGUUCUGGCUAGUCAAAACGAGGGUGUCGAAGGUUUGGCAGUCGACUGGGCUGCUAAGAACCUUUAUUAUAUUGAUUCAAGAAAGGGCACGCUGAAUGUACUCAGCACUCAGAAUGUAACUUAUCGAAGAACGUUGUUGAAAAACCUGAAACGACCCAGAGCCAUCGUGAUUCAUCCUAAUCACGGAUACAUCUUCUUCUCGGAAUGGGAUCGACCGGCUAAUAUCAGCAGAGCUUAUACCGAUGGUUCCAAUUUGAUAGUCUUCAGGAAUUUGACACUGGGUUGGCCGAACGGUUUGGCUAUCGAUUUUGCAAAGGACAGACUGUACUGGUGCGAUGCUCUGUUAGAUCACGUGCAACAUUCGAACCUAAACGGUACAGACGUCCGUACGGUUAACUCGAGACUAAUCAGACAUCCCUUCUCCAUGGCUAUUCACGAGGAAUGGAUGUACAUUACCGAUUGGCGACUCGAUGCCAUAAUAAGAAUGCACAAGGAAACAGGUGAACAAGAGGUUGUACUUGUCCGUGAGCCCGAUACCAAUAGAUUGUACGGAGUGAAGGUGUUUAGUCGCGACAUCCAGACUUCUCCGCCUGAUCAUCCGUGCUCCAUCAACAACGGUGGCUGUGAAAAGUUAUGUUUCGCCAUUCCUCAGAAUAAUACCAACAGAUACGGCACCUCUAGACUGACACGGGUCUGCGGUUGUCCUUACGGCGAACGUCUUCAGGGAAAUGAAAGGAGCUGUUCACCUGAUCCAGAAGCCGAACCACCAUUGGAAGCCUGCCCUAACAAGCUAGACUUCACCUGUGCCAAUCAGAGAUGCGUGUCCUAUACCUGGGUGUGCGACGGAGAGAACGACUGUCUGGACAACAGUGACGAACAGAACUGUACCAAACCGACCUGUGGCCCCAACGAGUUCCAGUGCAAGUCCGGUAGAUGCGUACCUAUCAGCUUCCGUUGCGACUCUGAGAACGACUGCGGGGACUACAGCGACGAGGUCGGUUGUCCAAACAUAUCCUGCAGCGCGAACCAAUUCGCAUGUGCCAACUUUAGAUGUAUACCAAGCACUUGGAAGUGUGACUCUGAAAACGACUGCGGGGAUAGCUCGGACGAAGGCGACUUUUGUGUAGCGAAGACUUGCUCUUUCUACCAGUUCACCUGUCCACGAUCAGGACACUGUAUCCCCCAGUCGUGGGUCUGCGACGGUGACAACGACUGCUUCGACCAGCAAGACGAGAUGGACUGUCCACCGGUUACCUGUUUGAGUACACAGUUCACCUGUGCCGAUCAAAAGAUGUGCGUUCUUGAUUCGUACAAAUGCGACGGUAUCUCCGAUUGUAACGACGGCAGCGACGAAGUCGGCUGUCCCUCGUUGGCCCCUGAUCAAUGUAACACCGACAAACAGUUUCAAUGCGUCAGCUCUGCGAUAUGUAUCCCAAAGAGUUGGUACUGCGACGGUACCGCUGACUGUCCGGACAAGUCUGACGAGCCGACUCCUUGCGGCCAAGUCAGUUGUCAACCGGGAUACUUUAAAUGCCGUAACGAUAAAUGCGUGUUCAAGGCGUACAUCUGCGACGGAAAAGACGACUGCGGCGAUGGCUCCGACGAGGACACCGAGCUGCACGCUUGCACCGCGCCAGAAUUCAAAUGCGAAUCUCAACAAUGGAAGUGUCCUAACGUAACCGAUCGAUGCAUCAACAUAACUAGCGUCUGCGACGGGAAAUUUGAUUGUCCUAACGGGGCCGACGAGGGCCCUCGUUGCGACAUACCAGAGUGCAAGUACCGAGGGGGUUUCUGCAGCAACGGCUGCAUCCAGACACCUUUAGGCAAGCAGUGUACCUGCCCUAAAGGAGAGGUGCUCGGCAAGGAUGGCUACGAUUGCGAGGAUGUUAACGAAUGCGAUCCACCUGGACGUUGUUCGCAGAUCUGCGCAAACACCAAGGGUGGCUACUAUUGUAACUGCGUAGACGGAUACAGCCUCGAAGGUGACAAACACAGGUGCAAAGCGUUCAAUCACAGCGCAGCUUUCUUGAUCAUAUCCAACAGGCACACGAUUCUAGUGGCCGAUCUGCAGGACCAGGCGUUGGAGAGGGUGCCGAUCAACGUGGAGAACGUCGUCGCAACCGCCAGUAACAUGCAUACCGGUACAAUAUUUUGGUCUGAUAUGAAAUUGAAGAAGAUAUCGAGGCUGGACAAAGGGAGCGACCCUCAGGAUGUGAUAUUGACAGGGUUAGAUCUGGUAGAAGGGCUUGCCUAUGAUUGGAUAGGCCAGAAUCUCUACUGGUUAGACUCGAAAUUGAACACCAUCGAGGUGUCUAAAGAGAACGGUGCCAGUAGAAUGAUACUGGUUAAAGAGAACAUCACUCAGCCGAGAGGUAUGUGUCUGGAUCCAAGUCCAGGGGCAAGAUGGUUGUUCUGGACAGACUGGGGCGAGAAUCCUAGAAUCGAGAGGAUCGGUAUGGACGGUACCAACAGAUCGACCAUCAUCAACACUAAGAUUUACUGGCCAAACGGUCUUGCAUUGGAUAUAGCAAAUAAAAGGAUAUACUUUGCCGAUAGCAAAUUGGAUUUCAUCGACACUUGCCUCUACGAUGGAAGUAAAAGGAUUCAGGUAUUGGCUAGCUCUCACUAUUUGCUGCAUCCUCAUUCAUUAACAUUGUUCGAGGAUACCAUGUACUGGACAGACAGGCAAUUGAACAGGGUAUUGUCUGCUCACAAGUUCUAUGGUGUCAAUCAGACGGUUGUAUCUCAUUUGAUAUCUCAACCAUUGUCUAUUCAUGUUCAUCAUCCAGUCUUGCAGCCUGUAACUCCGAACCCUUGUGAAAACGCCAGCUGCGCCCAUUUGUGUCUUCUGUCUCCAUCCGUUACCGAGGGUUACACCUGUAAAUGUCAAGUAGGAUUCAAAUUGUUACCAAAUGGACAAUGUUUCGAGGAAGAAACUCCAUAUUUGAUGGUCCUGCGAGGCUCACAAAUCGUAGACGUGUCCUUGAUACCUGGCAGCUCUAAAACAGGUUACAUCACACCUGUAGUAGGAGUAGAGGGUGGCAAGUUGAUCGACUACGACAGGAAGGAACGAAUGAUCUAUUGGCUGCAGACAAAGGACGACGACGAUGAGAAUGGAACCAUUUACAGCACUCCGUACAGUGGUGGUAAUAGAACAGAGUUCCCUAAUCCAUCUGGUGAAAGUGGAAUCGUUGGUGCCCCGUCUGCCAUCGCGUUCGACUGGCUUGGAAGGAACAUGUUCAUAGGAAAUAAGUACGCUUCCAAUAUAGAGGCUAUAAAGGUGGACGGUAAGAUCAGGUACAGGACGAUAGUGCUCGCCAACGAUGGUAACAAAACCUCGGUAGCAAAACCGAAGGCGAUCUGCGUUGAUCCUCUGGAGGGACACAUAUUUUGGGUAGACGAUGGUAGUUUCGGUAUUCCUACGAAGAUCGGAAGAGUCAACAUGGACGGUACGAAUCCAAUGAUACUGGUGAACAACGUGGAAAGACCAGAGGCUAUCACUAUCGACAUCCCUACGAAGACCGUUUACUUCAGUUCUCUGAACCCGGCCCUCGUUAUGGCGAUCUCCACGGAUGGACGAAAUCUGAUAAGAAUAGUGUCGGAGAACAUAGAGUUACCCAAGGCACUCGCCGUUCACGAGUCAAAAUUGUACCUCCUCGAUCCACGGUACGAUAAGGUUGAAAGGGUCGAUUUACCAGACGGAGGCAAUCCAACGACGAUCAUCGACAACGAUUCUGAACUGAAAACAUUGACCAUUUAUAAGAAACGAGUUACGGGUGAUCAUCCGUGCUUCGUGAACAACGGUGGCUGCGAACAGAUCUGUCUGCCCGCUUCCGGUGGCACCAGAGUCUGUGCCUGCGGCAUGGAGUACAGAAAGGUCAGCGACACAGCCUGCGAACCGUUCAAAACGUUUGCGGUGGUCACUCAACUGGACGUAGCCAGAGGUUACAGUUUGAAGGAUGCGAAAGAAGCGAUGGUCCCUAUAUCUGGAAUUGGUCAUCACAUCCUUCACGUGGAUGUCCACUAUGCAGGCAAUUGGAUCUAUUGGGUGGAGUUUAACCGUGGUAUAUGGAACGGUAUAUUCCGUGUCAGGCCAAACGGCACCGAAUUACAGCACGUGAUCAAACAAGGGAUCGGCUCUAAUGGUAUCAGGGGACUAGCCAUCGAUUGGGUAGCUGAAAAUCUUUACUUCACCAACGUGUUCCCUCAUGACAACUACGUAGAAGUGUGCAAGCUGGAUGGUAGUAAUAGAAAAGUGCUGGUGAAGACGACUGCGGAUUCUCCUAGAGAGUUAGCAGUGAAUCCAAUCAAGAAGUACCUCUAUUGGAUAGACUAUGGUCAGUACCCAAGAUUAGGUAAGGCCUAUUUGGAUGGAAGUAACUGGGUACCUAUUGUUACCUCCGGUAUCAGCACUCCUCGUGACAUAACCAUUGAUCCUGCUACUCAUGACGUCUACUGGGUGGAUUCUAAGCAAGACACGAUUCAGAAGGUCUCGUACACUGGUGGGAAUCGAGAGAUAAUCAGGCGGAACCUACCAAAUCCCAUGGGAGUAGCAAUUUAUGGUAACGAUGUAUAUUGGGUGGACAGGAACUUGGCUUCGGUGUUCAAAGCUAGCAAACGCGGUAACAUAAGCCUGCCAACCACCGUCAGAUCAAAUCUUCCUAAACUGAGGGACAUAGUAAUGUUCGACGCGAAUAGUCAGCCCCCGGAUCCCACUAAUCCUUGCUCUCAAGGCGGCGGAAGCGCGGGUUGCCAACAGCUUUGUUUCGCCAUGCCGAAAGAAAGUUCAGCCCCUUUCAAAUGCGAGUGCGCUGUUGGGAAAUUAGCAGAGGACGGUAAGAGCUGUGAAAACGUGGACGAGUAUCUAGUGUUUGCUACCAAAACAGAGAUCAGAGCCAUCGGAAUGGACCCAGAGAACACCAGUGUACCAUUCAAUUCCGUAGGGAACCUUACCAACGUGGUCGGCGUUGAUUUCGAUUAUCAGGAUAAGAAAUUACUGUUCACGCAGAUCAGACCCUUGGCCAGGAUCGCUUGGAUGCGCGCGGACAAUCCCUCCUCUUCGGAAAUUCACAUUCUGAUCAGCAAGGGUAUCAAUCCAGAGGGAAUUUCCUACGAUUGGACUCAGAAGAAGGUUUAUUGGACGGAUUCUUCCAACAAUAGUAUCUAUGCAAUGGAUAUAGACGGAUCGAAUCUUGUGAUGAUCGCCAGGGUAGACAGACCCAGAGCCAUCGUGGUAGAUCCUUGCAACGGCUCCUUGUACUUCACCGACUGGGGUCGUUUUGGCACCUCUGGUAAGAUCUUCAGGACCACUAUGGCGGGCUCGUUAAAGAAGGCGAUCAUCGACAAGGAUCUUUCUCAGCCUAGCGGACUAGCGAUCGACUACGAGGACCGUAUGUUGUAUUGGACCGACGCGGUCAGGGAAAAGAUAGAACGUUCCGAGUUGGAUGGUAAGAAUCGUCAGGUACUGGUCAGCGCUACCAUAUACCCGUUCGCCAUAACCGUGUUCAGGGAGCAUAUCUACUGGACGGACCUGCAACUAAGAGGAGUAUACCGCGCCGAGAAGCAUACCGGAGCCAACAAAGUGGAACUGGUCAAGCGAUUAGAAGAGUCGCCCAGGGACCUGCACAUUUACUCUGCAGCCAGGCAACAGUGCAAAGUGAACCCCUGCCACAUCUCGAACGGUGGCUGCGAUCAGUCCUGUCACCCGGGUAUAAACGGAUCGGCCGAGUGUAAAUGCGACGACAACAGCAGACUCGUCAACGAGGACAGAAUGUGCGUACCUAAGAACGUCACAUGCGACUCGAGCAAGUUCGCCUGCAGGAAUGGCCGAUGUAUCUCCAGGAUGUGGGCCUGCGACGGCGACGACGACUGCGGCGACGGUUCCGACGAGGACGUCAACUACUGUUCCUACCACUCUUGCAGCCCCAACGAAUUCAGGUGCAACAACGGUCGCUGCAUCUUCAAGACCUGGAAAUGCGACCAUGAAAACGAUUGCCGAGACGGUAGCGACGAGGAGGGCUGCGUGUAUCCUCCCUGCGGCCCCGGAGAGUUCACCUGCGCCAAUCACCGGUGUAUCCCUCAGUCCCAGGUCUGUAACGGUAUCAACGACUGCAAGGACAACGUCACAUCGGACGAGACUCACGAGCGUUGCCCUAGGAACACUACUUGCCCGCCUAAUCAUCUGAAAUGCGAGAAGACCAACAUAUGCGUGGAACCUUACUGGCUGUGCGACGGCGACAACGAUUGCGGAGAUAACAGCGACGAGAAUCCAUUGCACUGCGCACAGAGAACCUGCCCGCAGAGCAGCUUCAGGUGCCCCAACCACAGGUGCAUACCCGCCACUUGGUACUGCGACGGGGACGACGAUUGUUUGGAUGGUAGCGACGAACCUCCGGGUUACUGUCAGUCGGAAGGCAGGACAUGCUUCGGUGAUCUGUUCACCUGCGACAACGGGAACUGUAUACCCAGGAUCUACAUAUGCGACGGGGACAACGACUGCUUGGAUCACUCUGACGAAGAUGAACGUCAUCAAUGUAACGACAGGAAGUGCGACGAGGAAACCGAGUUCACUUGUACCGCUAACAAGGUAUGGAACCGGGCACAAUGUAUCCCGAAGAAAUGGUUGUGCGACGGAGAUCCAGACUGCGUAGACGGUGCCGAUGAAAACGUCACCGUUCUCCACUGUCCUACACCGACACCUUGCGCUGAGAAUCAAUUUACCUGCGACAAUGGACGUUGUCUGAAUCAGAACUGGCUCUGCGACCAUGAUAACGACUGUGGCGACGGUAGCGACGAAGGGAAGUUUUGUAAUUCCAGAUACAAACCGUGCACGGCUCAAGAGUUCACUUGCCAUAAUUUCAAGUGCAUCAGGAAACAGUUCAGGUGCGAUGGACAGGACGAUUGUGGCGAUCAUUCGGACGAAGAUGGGUGUCCGUCAAAGUCGAAAAACACAACCUGUCCAAAUCCAGGGGAGUUUAUGUGCGGAAAUGGAAACUGUAUCGACCAGCAAUUGGUUUGCAACAAGGAACCUGAUUGCGCAGACGAGAGCGACGAGCCAGCUCAUUGCAACGUGGACGAAUGUGCUCGUAUAGAGAUGAAUCAAUGCGCCCAUAAAUGUGUCGACACUCCAACCAGUUAUUACUGCGAAUGUAAUCCAGGUUACAGAUUGUUGGAGAAUGGGAAAACUUGCGAGGACAUAGACGAAUGCGUAGAGACACCACAGGUGUGUAGCCAACAGUGUCAAAACACGCCAGGAAGUUUCUACUGCAAGUGCAACCAUUAUUGGUACGAGCGUGCUGCUGACGAGCAUACUUGCAAGAGAAGGGACAACAUCAAACCAUGGAUUAUAUUCACAAACAAAUACUAUGUCAGGAACAUGUCUAUAGACGCGUCCAAUUAUAGCUUGAUGCAUCAAGAUCUCAUCAACGUUGUAGCUUUGGAUGCUGAUUACUCAGAGCAGAUGCUUUAUUUCUGCGAUGUUACUGCCAAGACCAUCUUUAGAGCACCGAUUGCAGGAGGUGAAAGGGAAGCCAUCAUCAGACACGACAGUCUUGGCUUGGAAGGCAUAGCGGUGGACUGGGUAGGUCGCAAGCUUUACUGGCUCGAUCGACACGCCAAACACUUGGAUGUUGCCGAACUUAAUGGAACAAAUAGAAAGACUUUACUGACUGGUAUAGCGGAUCCACGUGCCAUCGUCGUUCAUCCUGGUACUGGAUAUUUGUACUUCACCUCUUGGCACCUUCAGGCAUACAUAGGCAAGAUGGGAAUGGAUGGUAGUAACUUUACAAGAAUCCUCACCUGGGAAGACGACAUUGCUUGGCCAAAUGCUCUGACCAUUGAUUACUUCACCGACAGAAUUUUCUGGGCGGAUGCUCACUUGGAUUACAUAGCGUUCGCUGAUUUAGAAGGCCAUAACAGACGCAAAGUGCUCACUGGUGCCACUGUGCCACAUGUUUUCGCCAUCACCGUAUUCGACGACUUUAUUUUCUGGACGGAUUGGAACUUGAAGGCCAUCAGUAGAGCAGAGAAAUUCUCGGGAGCGAAUUUACGAGUGCUUAGGAACACUACUCACAGACCGUACGACAUCCACGCGUACCAUCCUCUACGACAGUUACCUUACAACAAUCCAUGCAUGGAAAACAAUGGAGGAUGUUCUCAUCUUUGUCUGAUUUCGCCACCUGCGAGCUCUUACUUGCUCGAAGGAUACGGACAACCCGGCGUCACCUCUUACAAAUGCAAAUGUCCUAAUCAGUUUGUACUGGAGAAGGAUGGUAAAACUUGUAGAGCGAAUUGCACUGAUGGACAACAUCGAUGUGGACCUCCUGAUGAAAAAUGUAUACCCUGGUACUGGCAAUGCGACGGUGAAAAGGAUUGCAAGGACGGUUCGGACGAACCCACCAGUUGUCCGCCACGUGUCUGUAGACCAAGUGUCUUCCAGUGUGCCAAUAGUAACUGUAGACCCAGCGUGGCGGUCUGCGAUGGCGCUGACGAUUGUGGCGACAAGAGCGACGAGGCCAAUUGUGGAUUAGAUUGCGGUGAAUUAGAAUUCAAGUGCAAAUCUAAUGGACGUUGCAUUCACGAAUCGUGGAAAUGUGAUGGGGAUGCUGAUUGCAAGGAUGGCAGUGACGAAGAUCCUGCUAUUUGUCAUAAUCGUCAGUGCGAUCCAAACACAGAAUUUACUUGCAAGAAUGGCAGAUGCAUUCAGAAAGUAUGGAUGUGCGACUCUGACAAUGAUUGUGGCGAUGACAGUGACGAACCAGCAUAUAUGUGUCGUCAAAGAAACUGCACAACUGGUUGGCAGCGGUGUCCAGGCCACGCCAAUUAUCGUUGCAUUCCUAAAUGGUUGUUCUGUGAUGGAAAGGAUGAUUGUCGCGACGGUUCCGAUGAACUGCCCGACAAUUGUCCGAAAUGUGAUCCUAAGAUGGACUUUAAGUGCGCGAAUAAUAGAUGCGUACCCAAACAAUGGCUUUGUGACUUUGCGGAUGAUUGUGGUGAUGGCAGUGACGAAGCUGAAGCUAUGUGCAAGGACCGCUAUAGGGAAUGUUCCGAAUCAGAGUUCCGUUGCGACAAUGGCAAAUGUAUUGCCUCUAGAUGGAGGUGCGACAGCGAAGACGACUGUGGCGAUAACAGUGAUGAAAAUGGAUGCCAGACGUUUGUCUGCAAGAAUUAUACCUUCCAAUGUGCAAGUGGCCACUGCAUAGCGUCGUAUCUGCGGUGCGAUGGAACACGAGAUUGCCGAGACAUGAGCGACGAAAUUGGAUGUCCACCAAGGUAUCCAGGUGGAAGGUAUUGUCCUCAAUCAAGAUUCCAAUGCGAUAACAAUCUCUGCGUUUACCUCACCGAUAUAUGCGAUGGAAGCGAUGACUGUGGCGAUGGUUCAGAUGAAAAUCCCAAUAUGUGUGCGAACUUCAAGUGCGACACAACUAGGAGGUUCCAGUGUACCAAUCACAAGUGUAUCGCCAAGUAUCAAGUAUGCGAUGGUAUUGAUAACUGCGGCGAUGGAUCUGACGAGAACAACAUGACAAUGUGCUUCUCUAGAAUCCGUCCUUGUGAUCCUAUCACCGAGUACACCUGCGCGAACAAGAAAUGCGUUGACAGACCGAAACUCUGUGAUUUUGCUGAUGAUUGUGGUGACUCUUCUGACGAGCUUGGCUGUCAUCAUAACAAGCCCUGUUUGGAAAGUAACAAGGGUGGUUGUUCGCAUUAUUGUCACAAUAUCACCGACGGUGGUUACAUCUGUGCCUGCUAUCCAGGUUAUAUAAUAUCGCAAGACAACAGAAAGCAUUGCGAGGAUGUCGACGAAUGUAGCACGGGUCAACACCAGUGUUCUCAGAUCUGUACCAACUUGAAUGGCACGUACUCCUGUUCCUGUAGACAAGGUUUCCAACUGUCAGAUAAUCGCAGCGGUGUCUGCAAAGCUGUAGAGACAGAAGCGAUGGUCUUGUUCGCCAAUGGACCUGAAAUAAGAGCAUACGACGUUAAUGAGAAGGAGGAGCUCGAGGUUAUAGCGGAUGAAAAGAGGGUACAGGCUGUCGACUUUGAUCCCAGAGCAGAGUACGUUUUUUGGAUCGAUGGUCAUGACAAUUCCAUCAGAAGAUCCUACAUGGUGAACGCUAAAGGUGGACAAGUGAAGAUAGGAUACGCUCAGGAUCUUAAUAUAAAAAGCGACUCGUUACCUACCAGUUUGGCAGUAGAUUGGAUCUCUGGUAAUCUCUACUGGACAGAAAUUGAUUCUUCGGGAGCAACGUUGUUCGGUCGAGUGAUGGUCUCAAAGUCAGACGGUAGAUACCGUCGAAGUUUGAUCACAAUUGGUUUAGAACUACCUACAUCGAUUGUGUUGGACCCUGAACAUGGUCGUACCAUCUGGGCAGAUGCUGGAAGCCAACCUAAAAUUGAAAUCGCUUGGAUGGACGGUGACAGACGAAAACAAUUGGUUUCUGACCGAAUUGGACAACCCAUUGCUCUGGCAAUCGACUAUUCAAUGAACCAUGUUGUCUAUUGGGCUGAUAGGAAACUUAAUACCAUCGAAUCUAUUGAACAGGAUGGCUCGAAUAGAAAGGUGAUCUUAAAAGGUGAAAACCUACACCAUCCAGUAUCUUUAGACGUUUUCGAAAGCAGCCUAUAUUGGACAACCAGACGGACAGGAGAAUUAAUGAGGCAAGAUAAAUUCGGCAGAGGUGUGCCAGAAGUUAUUGUCAAGAACAUAGCUAGUCCAGGAGGAGUGAAGGUGUACCAUCCACUGAGAUACAAUACCACGUUGAGGAAUUUCUGUCACGACGAUCAAUGCACGCACCUUUGCGUUCCAAUUCCCGGUGGUAGUCGGUGUCUUUGUUCGGAUAGUAUCGGUCCCCUACAACAGAGAGAGACUACGCGUUCCAAUGAACGCCAUUGCGAUGCCACGAACGAGAGACCGUUACCUGCGCCGAGAAUCUGCCCUUGCAGAAACGGUGGAUUAUGCCAGGAAGUUGAGGACAAUAAAUUACACUGCGCUUGUCCGGCUUACUUCCAUGGAGAGUUCUGCGAAGUGAUCGUAGGAGUUAGAUCGAGCAAUGCUACCGCUGCAAUCGUUAUUCCUAUUGUUAUUUCUGUCUUGGUCCUCCUUGGGGCUGCUGCUGUUAUCAUGGUGCUUAAGAAACGUCCAUUUGGAAAGCCUGGAGGUCUUGGCAGUUUAACCGGUGCUCAGAGUGUAUCAUUUAGACAGGGAAGCAAUGUUGAGUUUGGUGUACCUGCUCAUGAAAGAAUGGAACCUCUGGAUGUGGAGUACAAUCUUGGUGACGUGAGCAACAAGAACAGAGACUUCAGUAAUCCAAUGUACGAUGCUGUAAAUACGGAAACAGGUACCACUAAUGGCACCAGUGCGAGCAGCAUGUACGAAUUACCUGCUGAAAUGAAACCAUCCAGCAUUCAGCACAAAGAACCUCCGCAGUUGCACCUGAAGAGGAAAGAACUUGAUCCCACGCCCGUCGAUUCGGGCAAGGACACACAACAGUUGGUCGAGGAAGACAAGUCCGAGUGUUAGAUAGUUUAACUAUUUUUCGUGCAGUGACGUAGUUAGAAAUUUUAUCAGCCGAUCAGUCAUUUUCUAUUUUAUAACACGACGUACUGAUCUAUUUGUAAAUUUGUUGCAGUUGUUACUUGUUUUAUUUUAGGAUCCACAGACGUGUCUGUUGAUUUUUAAAUUUAAUACAGUUGUUUAACUAAUUUUAAACUAAGACUAAACAUUUUGUGUGUGGGUCGGUAGGCGGGCGGGCGCGUCUAUGUAUAUGUGUGUGUAUAAUUUUAUCUCUAAAACUAUAGAUUUUAUUCUAGCAAUUUUCAGAAUACUAUUCAAUUAAAACGGAGAAGCGUCGUAAAAUUCACAUAAAUAUUGUAAUAAACCUGCGACAAAAUUAUGAAUGUGGUUAUACAUUUUAUGAUCUAACUACGCCACUGUUUCUACAUAGGGAUGAUCUCGCAUUUAUGACACUUUAAUCUCAUUGUAAAUGAAAUAAUUAAAACAAAGGAUAUAACAAAGGUUGGAAAAAGUAAAAUUGAAUGAUUUAAAAGAAAUCAUGCAAUAUACACAAGUGUCAUAAGAAUGAAAAAUUGUUGAGAUUAUAAGAAAAGUAUUGAAUAUUUAUUUUUUCAAUUACAUCGAGAGUAAAGUGUAACUAUAAUGACGGGUUUGUGUCAUCUUAGGUGCGAUUUGUAAGUCUUGUAAAUACGAUUAUCGCAGAAUAUUAAUAUCACAUUGUCCAUGUACCAUAAAGAAGCAAAACAUUCCAUAUUUUCGAAAGCAGCUCGAGGCCGUAGGCGUUGUGGGUAAUGACAUUAAUGGGUUGUAAGUUAAAGGCCUCGACGAGCAAGUCACCUCACAAGAUAAGCGUUUUGUCGCGGUAAAACGGAGGCGAACUAACUCACUUUAGGCGAGAGAAAGGAAAUUAUUUUUUUCUCUCCCAAAGUUUUUGCUCGGCCACGUGAGCGUUGUUAUGCGUUGUACAUUUUUCUAGAUUAUACGUGGGAAACGUCAGUGUAUAGUUUUUCUUUUCUUUUGCAGCAGCUGUGAUCGUAAAAUUUACAAAUUGGGUCAAAGUAUGCAAGGCGAAUGAGCAAAGCGAAUUUGUUUUGUUUUUAUACGCUCCAAACGAGUGAGAGAAAUCUGUAUUUUUUUUUUUUUUUUUUUUUUUCUUUUCCUUUAAA